AUGCUCCGAGUAACUAGUGACGAAAUUGUGACUGAAAUUUCCAAGCUUAAAAAUGGCAAGGCCGCCGGCCCAUUUAGUAUACCUGUUCACAUUCUCAAAAUCCUUAAAUUUGCAAUCUCCGAGCCUUUAGCAACUUUAUUUAACACUUCAUUUGAGACAGGAAUUGUUCCAACAA